AUGACCAAGCUUGAUCAGUAUAAGCUAAAUGGUAAAGAACUGGUCGACAUAACGGGUGCGAAUUACUGCGAUCGCCCUUGGUACGAGUCAACUGAUGACGAACACGGUACAUUGAUGGCAAACAUGAUACUUCGAAUAAACCCCUGGGCGAAGUUAUACGUGAUGAAGCUCAAGUCUUACCAAUCCAACAAUAGACGAACAAUAUAUCCUGAAAGCGCCGCCAAUGCUAUCCUAGGUGCUAUUGAAGAAGAUGUGGACAUUAUCUCUAUGUCAUGGUCCAUAAAGGCAAUGGCUAGCAAUCAAGAUAAUAAGGAGGGUACGACAGAACCGAUUGCUAUCGGAAGACUGCGCGGAGCUAUUGACGAAGCAAAAAAGAAUAAAAUCAUCAUGUUCUGUUCGGCCAGCGACAAUAUUGGGACUGCGAGCAAAGCCAACCUCCCCUUUACGCAAGCACCAAACUAUAUUUUUCGCAUCGGAGCAGCCGAUCACCUAGGCCAACCGGACGCCGCAUCAGAGGACACUUCCGCAAUAAAUUACUACUUUCCCGGAAACAAGGUUGCUGAUUCCUGGAACCCCCGUUCACUCAAGACCGUGGAGUACCAUGACGGGUCGUCCAUCGCAACAGCUCUAGCAGCUGGCCUGGCCUCACUUAUCAUGUACUGCGUUCUAAUAGUCGAGAGAUACCGAACAAACUACCUGAAAGAUGAAAAGAAAUGGCCUAGCAUCCGUAAAGCAAUUAGAAUAAGAGACAAUCUAAAGAGAGCUUUGGACAACAUCGAUAGCAGCUCGUGGGGGGGAGACAAGAGGUAUCUACCGGUAUGGGACAUCUUUGGGAAAGCAACUACACGCAUCAACGAAGCAAAGUCAAUAGAGGAUAUGCUGUACGAGCUUGAGGUGUUUGUAACGAAGCUUUGUCAUAAAGUCGAAUAA